AACUAUUUUCUCUCCAUACUGAGAACAGUAUCAGUGUUGAGAACUGACAAUCAUGAAGAGAAACCUCUUUACUCAUUUAUCUGAGAGAAAAUGCAAAGAGGAAGAUUUGGAAAAUAAAAGUUGUGUUUUGGGUGUGAAGAACUAACUGUCCUGCAAGUCUCCAGUCACGGAUGCUGUAGCCGCAGAGCUCCCCCCUUCCUCCUCCUCACCCUCAGAUGGGGCUCGCCCGUGCGUCUUGGUCACGUGACCCCCCGGUUAAGAGCUCAGGCUUUGCGCUCUGCGGCUGUUGGCCACUGUCGCGAUGCUGAGGCUGCGAUUGGAGAUGCAGUCCAGCGGCUGCCGCGCGUAGAGGCAAAGUUAUGGCCCGACCAUCCCAGGAGGAGGAGAAGAAGAAGAAGAGGGCUCUACUGCUGCUGCUGCAGCUCCUGUCACUUUCCCUCCCCGCUGUUUGCGCAGAGACGCACAUCGCCUCGGCGAGAAAAGCGCACAUUUUCCGUUAAGGUUGAACUCAUUCAAAAUUUGGGGUCAAGACGGCAGUAACUUCAGGUAUGUGGCGCUGCUGUUGCUUUUCUCUCCAGACCUUUUACUCACACGACUGACGGUCAUUGGAUGGAAAAGUUUGAAGAAUGUGAACAUGUGGACAAAGUGUCCAAAUAUCAGUCUGCAUGAGUGUGCAUCUGGAUACUGUCAUAGCGCUAAGUGUCCUUCAUGCAGUUUGAGAAUGACAGAGAGAAGAUAGGUGUUGUCAGUAUUGCCUUGACCUGCAGUGCCUACAAGCAAACUACAGAAGACAGCAACACAGGUAAAACAUAGGCUGCCAUGAAUCUGUUUAGGAAAGAUGCCAUGACCUCAAAGAAGGAGAAAGAGAAGGCAGUCCAAUAUGAGGACCCCCCAGAUGGAGGUUGGGGCUGGAUGGUUGUGCUUCACUGUUUUCUAGUGAAUGUCCUGGUGAUGGGCACCUUGAAGAGCUUUGGGAUCUUCUUUGUGGCAUUCCAAGAUGAGUUUGGAGGCUCAGCAGAGAGCAUUAGCUGGAUCGGUUCCAUCAUGUCUAGUCUGCGUCUGUCAGGAGCACCUAUCGCCUCCAUAGCCUGUGCAAAGCUGGGGACCAGAGUCACAUCAAUAUCUGGGGCGGUCCUUGUUAGCGCAGGAUUUCUUAUAAGUAUUUUUGCCAGUAGUGUGGUAUAUCUCUACAUUAGCAUGGGAGUGAUAGUAGGAUUUGGUUUUGCCUUGUUGUACCAAUCCUUCUCUGUAGUAACAGCACUGUACUUCCGAAAGAGGUUGGCUACAGCAUAUGCUAUUGGGCGCUCAGGGAUGGGCUUGACUUUCGCUCUUGCUCCGUUCACUCAGCUGCUUCUGGACCAGUAUGCGUGGCAAGGGGCAAUGUUGAUUCUUGGUGGUCUCAUGCUGAACCUCGUGGCCUCUGGGAUGCUUCUGCGACCCAUCAAUGUGAAACCUCCGGUUUCAAAUACUACCUCUUUACCCACCCAAAAGAGCCCUGCUGUUUCCCUGAAAAGCUCGGUGGAAAAAGAAUGCUCCAAGAGCUGCCUAAGUGGUUCUGCUCAUUUAUCCAAUGGCAUUUCCAAAUCAGACUCUCUCCCAUCCUCUCCUUCACCUCAAAGAGACACUGAGAAGAAUGGGAUGGGGUUGAAUUCAGGAUCAAAGGAGCAGGCAGUGAAUUCAGAAAUGACUGGACUAGUCUUGAAUGGUGUUCAUGAGUCCCACCAUGAGGAAAAACCUACAACUCCAGAAACCCCUUCAGAACUCAAUGGCUGCAGCAAUGGAUCCACCAGUGUUGGAUUUUCUUCAAAUGCUGUUACACCCACUGAAAUGACAGUCAAAAAGGUCAGAGUCCUGGACUUCUCAUUACUGAAGGACCCGUUCUUCUGCAUCUACACCUGGUCCUUGGUCUUCAGUCAGCUGGCAUACUUCAUCCCCUAUUUCCACCUGUCUGCUAGAGCACGGACUCUGGGAAUCGACCCCAUGGAUGCUUCCUUUAUCAUCUCUGUGGCAGGUAUCACAGAGACCAUUGCUCAGCUGGCCUCUGGCUGGGUGACUGACAGGAACUUGUUCCACAAAUACCAUUUCCACAAAGCCUACCUUAUACUCUGCGGCUUGGUCAACUUGCUCUCCCCGCUGGCAACUUCCUACAUCCUGUUGAUGGUGUACGCUGUCUUUUUCGCCAUCUUCUGCGGUGGUUACAUGGCUUUGCUUCUUCCUGUUCUGGUUGAUCUCGUCGGCUCAGAGAAACUGAAUAACUCCAUGGGCUUCUCCAUGUUCUUUGUUGGCUUGGGUUGCCUCACAGGUCCUCCUUUGGCAGGGUUCCUGUAUGACUACACUCAAACAUACGACUGCUCUUUUUACCUGGCGGGGCUCUGCUACCUACUCUCCUCCCUCUCGCUGUUCAUGGAGCCGCUGGCUCAGCGCUGGAAGGCCAGACAGAAACUUUCCCAGACCAAGACAGCCGAGAGCAGCUGUAAGACCAAUGGCUGCUUCACCCCUGACCACUUGCAAAACGGUGUUGUGUAAGCAUGAAAUCCAGGAAAGGCCUUCUAUCUUGAAGCAGCAUGCUCUUGACCACUGACCUGCAUGCCUUGGACCAUGGACACUGGCUUCAAGUCAAGACCUCGAGCGUUCCGCUUGAGCAUCGGCCUUAAAAUAACAUGAGAACUCGUGAGAGUGUGAACUUUUUAUUAUGCUGAAUCUCUCCAAAGCCAAAAUACUGUCUGUUUUCUUGUCAGAGGCACAAGCAUCAAAACUGAGGGUAAUCCCAAGCACAUAAUUUAUUGAAGAAGAAAAAAACUAGUUAAUAACAACAAGCAAUAUGUCCAGUCCAGUUUUAACAGAUGGCACACGGCUCAUGAAGAGGGACGCUCUCUGGAAGCAUUUACCUGCAUCUGCAUACCUGUACUCACUGAUGUGCACUUUGGGCCAAGCUGAGAUAACAUGACAUAUUCUGUUGACCUUUAGGUACUCAGAACACUCAUCUCUCACGUCAUUGCAGCCUGAUCCUGGGACACCAUGUGUAAUCUCGAAUAUGAAGCCAAAAAAGCACAGUAUGAGGAAAAUAUGAUUUAAUGAUGUUAUUAUCAAUAAUUUACUAAUUUAGUUCAUUAACUUUAUAGGAUCGUUUUUAGGUUUUAGCUUUUCUUCUUGUGACUUUUUCUAUUGAUGGGUUCUGUCUUCAAAAACAUUGUAAAACUUUUGUCUUAAUCUCAUGUUAGACAUGUGUGAAUUAGCUUACUUUUUUUAAACUGGAUGCUGUUUAGAACCUAAACAGGCACCAAAAGUCAGCUUGGAGCUGAGCCCCCUUCUUCUUUUUUUGUUCCCUCCUGACUUGAUGCUUUCACAUAAGGUAACCCUCAGGAAGACCGUCGAGAGCGCAAACUGAUGCUCCGCCACAGCGUCCGUCCCUUAUUUUUAACCUGAAAUUUAAACUGCUCUCAUUAUAAAUAGAGCGGGAGUACUCGACACUAAAUUUGUUCCUCAAAUGGUUAUUGAACUACUUGGACUAAAAACACAGCUGUCACUACUUGCAUAAGGGCACUCAGUAAAACUCCAUACCACCUUAAUCAUUCAGUUUGACAGCUUUAGCCGGCCAUAAUGAUGAGGUCAUCCACGCCAGCCUACGUUAGGCUUUUUAGCUUCUCUUCAUGUCUCACAUUUUAUGUUAGAUUUUGUGUAAUAGAGCUGUGACUACACUUAUGGUUUCAUUUAUUUCAACAGUGGCUGCAAUUUUCUGCACAAACCAACUCACUUUUUUUCUGUAAAAACUUACUCUGUUUGCCUUUUUAAACAAAUAAUGACUUGAAAUGUUGUUUUGUUGGUUAUAAAGUACUUUUACGUGAGUAGCUGAGGCAGUACCUGGGAACAUUUUCAAGCCUAAAUCAGAGCCGUUUUAUACAGAAAGAUUUUCCUCUAAUUUAUGCGCACAAAUGACCAGCCCUCUUUCUCUUAUACAUAUUUCAAUCCCAGUGGAGCUGAGGGAAGAUAAAACCAAUGAACUCCACGGUACAAUUAGGUUUUCUGUCAUUAAUGCGGGAUCUUGUUCUUUUUUAUGAAAAUAUUUGUCCAAUCAAGAUGAAUUGCUGACUAUAAACCCCCAACUGGAAUUUUACACAACAAUACCCCGACCUUUAGGUGCCUGCAGGAAGCCAACGUAUGGCAAUGCAAACGUACACUUUUGUUCUGUUCAUAUGGGAUUUUUUUUAUAUGGGAUCGGUUUUUGUGUUUAUAGUGGGUUCACUGUUUUCCACAAUUGCCUUAUGAGGUCAUGUAUCUUAUACAACUUUUCUCUGAAGUCUCAGCCAAAGAUCACAUUAAUAAAACUAUUGUUUGUUAGUUUGUGAAAUGGUUUGGAUUGGAUGGAAUCCAUUUGCAUAUUUUCUGUCCUACUUGAAAACACCCUGCACCUUGGGUUUGGUUAUGCUGCCCUCUAGUGGCAGAAGAGGAGUCCUACUUUAAGAAUGUCAUCUCAAUUAGUGACAAAUUAUUCCCCUUCAUCUCACUUUCACAAUGCAGAGCGAGGCUCUUUGUAUUGUUUCUAUAACGACAGCGAAGCACAAAAGCUCUUUUGACUCACCAGCAAUAUGCUUUUGUGAUUUAGGGCCACAGAAGCCCGUCUCAAUCUUUUAUGAGAAUGCUUUAAAUUUAGAUAUUAUGGAUCAUUUACGACUUUAUAUCCUGUGUUUAAAAACAAAAAAAAAAGUUAAAAUAUGUUUUUAUGUAAUCUCCAUUGUGAUUCAACCACCACAAAUGAAAAGCCGUUUUACCCGAAGUCUUUGUUGUGCAUAAACUUGGGAAUACGUGUUUUUUCUGGUGUUUUUGUUGAACCAAACCUGGAUUUUUUUUGUUGUUAUUUUUCCCCUGACAGCAAACACUUCAUGUUUCAGCCUGGUGACAGUGCUGCACGGGUUAGCGGUAAUAAACUCAAGUGUGAGUCA